AAGCGAACGGACUUUUGAGGCGUACCAGUGAGCACUUUGACGAUGGCCCCCUCCAUUGCUGAUGAGAAUCCGUCGUUUGCUGUGAGCACCUUCCGAACGACCGUGGGCGACUUGGGGAGGGGCUGGAAGGUACGUAUAUGAGCAUCGAAACGAAUAGGGAGCAACUCUGAGUCAAAGGUCAUCCCCUUGGGUGUGGCAAUGCCGCUCUUUCUGUUUUCUUGCUCAGGCGACUAGUGGUGUUCGCAUUGACCAGACAGAGAUACCGAAAAUGGCAGAUGUGAUGGGCAGGAAGAUGUAAGACGACGCACUUGGCAAGCACUUGGGGCACGAACAACGGCAUAUAUUGACUUCUGCGCAUCCAACUAUGCGUGUUUGUGCAGUUUGGUCAAGGCCCCACUGAGGCCGCAGAUAGACACGAGCGCGUUUCCCUAUCUGGAGAGCAACGAGAGAAAGGACAAAGAGAACCAGGCGGACAGGGUCAGCAGGUACGCCAUGGGGGCGAUGACUCAUCCAACAUUGCUGUGUGAUGUCUAUUCAGCGCUCACACGAUCCCCCGCAAGUUUCGCUGCACUGCGGACAAAAUCGAAUAUCCAGAGGACAGCAGGAAGGUGCGCGGACCGAGCAGCAACUGGCCAACCGCCUCGUCCAUGACGAUCGUCGCCCUUUGUCUUGCAGGGUGCGUCCAACCCUUUGUAUGCCACUGCAUCGCGUGACUACGGGUAAGAGAGAUACAGGAGAUAAGAUCGAUGAGCAUGACAGCCAGAUAUGUGUGGAUGUGAACGUCACUUGACAGAAAGGAGAAGCCCAAGCAGCACCAGCUGCCAGGUGACAUGUGAGAGACAGAGACAUGGAAUCCCCUCUCUGUCUCGAUUCCUGUAUUGAUCGAUCAGAGCGUUACUUUCCCAAGUCAAAUGCAUUCACAAAGGGGUUCCCUGUGGGCGCCACACGGAUGGCUGGCCUCAAGACGGCCGCGACGCGCAGCAAUGUCCACAGCGCACUUGACAGAUUCUACUAAUCAUAGAAAAAGACGAACUACCUGCUUUUGCGGACAGUAUAUCGAUGCUCUUUCCUGCACGCACUGAAUGGACAUGACACUCGAUCUGUCAUUCAUGAAAGACGUGUGGCAAUCUGCACGUCAGGCGCCUCGGUUCUAUGUGUGCGGCACGCUGCACAGAGCGUAUGCAUGUAUGUAUGUAUGUAUGUACGCGUACGUAUGAGUGACUGUAUUACGCGAUCGAUAUCCGCUGAUCGAUCGCUUGUCUGAGUCACAAAGAGUUG